CAGUAAAGCACAUCCCAUCACGCAAUCAUUUCUAUUUUAGAUUCCCCAUAGACCCGGAUUCCAUCCCACUUUGAUUGAAUCCAGAAUCCCGAAUUUAACAAAAAAGUUAAGUGGAAUUCAUGGGGACUGAGAGCUCCUCCGUGGAUAUCUCGGAGCAUUUGCUUGGGGAUGAUCAGAAGGCUCCGUCCUCGGAAUUCGAGCACGUUCCUGAAUGGAAGGACCAGAUCACGGUCAGAGGGCUGUUGGUGAGUGCGGUUCUGGGGAGUCUUUUCUGCAUCAUCACCCACAAGCUCAAUCUCACUGUUGGGAUCAUUCCUUCUCUGAACGUUGCUGCUGGGUUGCUUGGGUUCUUUUUCGUUAAGACCUGGACUAGCUUCAUGUCCAGGUUGGGUUUCUUCACCAAACCCUUCACCAGACAGGAGAACACCGUCAUUCAGACUUGUGUUGUCGCUUGCUAUGGCCUUGCUUUCAGCGGGGGGUUUGGAUCAUCCUUGAUUGCCAUGGAUGAGAGAACAUACCAGCUUAUUGGCCCAGAUUACCCUGGAAAUCGGGCUGAAGAUGUUAAAAAUCCAGGCUUGCUUUGGAUGAUAGGUUUCACUUUUGUUGUCAGUUUCCUUGGCCUUUUCAGUCUUGUUCCACUUCGGAAGGUUAUGGUCAUGGAUUAUAAGCUUACAUACCCCAGUGGGACAGCAACGGCAAUGUUAAUUAACAGCUUCCACACUAAAACUGGAGCUGAACUAGCACGGAACCAAGUCCAGCGAUUGGGCAAGUACUUGAGCAUAAGUUUCUGCUGGAGCUGCUUUAAGUGGUUCUUCAGUGGUAUAGGAAAUUCAUGUGGAUUUGACAACUUUCCAAGUUUUGGAUUGUCACUAUUUAAAAACACGUUCUACUUUGACUUCAGUCCAACUUAUGUUGGAUGUGGUCUUAUCUGUCCUCACAUAGUUAAUUGUUCAGUUCUUUUAGGAGCUAUCAUAUCAUGGGGUUUUCUAUGGCCCUUCAUAUCCAAACAUGCUGGGGAUUGGUAUCCAGCUAACCUUGAGGGCAAUGAUUUUAAAGGUCUUUAUGGAUACAAGGUGUUCAUAUCCAUUUCUCUUAUUCUAGGGGAUGGUAUUUACAAUUUGAUCAAAAUCAUAUCGAUAACUGUAAGGGAGAUGUGUAGGGCAAGUUCCAAGCAGAACAACCUUCCUGUUAUGUCAGUGGCUUUGGAUGGUGAAUGUUCUGAACUGCAAGCAGAACAAAGAAGAAGGGACGAGAUAUUUUUAAAGGAUAGGAUACCCUUCUGGUUUGCAGCAUCUGGAUAUGUGUGCCUUGCUGCAAUAUCUGUUGCAACAAUACCGGUGAUCUUUCCUCCUCUUAAAUGGUACUUGGUUCUGAGCUCUUACAUCCUGGCCCCUGCCCUAGCCUUUUGCAACUCUUAUGGCACCGGGCUCACAGACUGGAGCUUGGCAUCCACAUAUGGGAAGAUUGGUCUUUUUGUCAUGGCUUCAUUGGUGGGGCCAAAGGGUGGGGUAAUAGCAGGGGUAGCAUCUUGUGCUGUGAUGAUGUCCAUUGUCUCCACAGCAGCUGAUCUCAUGCAAGAUUUCAAGACAGGUUACCUUACACUCUCUUCUGCAAAGUCUAUGUUUGUGAGCCAGAUAGUUGGAACAGCCUUGGGUUGCAUCAUUGCCCCUCUCACAUUCUGGUUGUUCUGGAGCGCUUUUGAUAUUGGAUCACCUGAUGGCCCCUACAAAGCACCUUAUGCUGUUAUAUAUAGGGAAAUGGCCAUACUAGGUGUUCAGGGAUUCUCUGAGCUUCCAAAGCACUGUUUGGCCUUGUGUUGUGUCUUCUUCGUGGCAGCUCUAGUUAUUAAUCUUGCAAGGGAUCUGAUUCCUAAGAAGAUCUCACAACAUAUACCUAUCCCAAUGGCCAUGGCAGUUCCCUUCUAUAUUGGUGCCUACUUUGCUGUUGACAUGUUUGUCGGGACGGUGAUAUUAUUUAUAUGGGAGCAGUUGAACAGGAAGGAUGCAGAGGACUAUGCUGGAGCAGUUGCUUCAGGUCUAAUAUGUGGUGAUGGGAUUUGGACAAUUCCAUCAGCUAUACUCUCCAUUUUGAGGAUAAAUCCACCCAUCUGCAUGUACUUUGGACCCUCUACAAGCAGCUGAUUCAAGCAAGACAGCAUGGCCCUGUGUUAGUUGCUUGCCCUGAUAACUCCCUUGUUUAUUUAUUUAUUUAUUGGGACUGGGUUUUGUACAUAUAUCUGUUGUAGGUUAAGAGCAUGGCAAUCUUCUACAAUUCCAUAUGCAUUCCGUUCUUGGUUUGAGAUUUGACUGUUCUGGCCCAGCCAUUAGCAUCAAUGUGAAUAUUUAGUGCCAUUAUUAUCUUUUCCCA